UGACGAAGAAAAAUAAAACAAGAUGUCUGGUCGUGGUAGCGGAAAAGGCGGGAAGGCGAGAGCCAAGGCGAAGAGCCGCUCAUCUCGGGCCGGGCUUCAGUUCCCUGUCGGCCGUGUCCACAGGCUCCUGAGGAAGGGCAACUACGCUCAGCGGGUCGGUGCCGGAGCUCCGGUGUACCUGGCGGCGGUGCUGGAGUAUCUGACCGCUGAGAUCCUGGAGCUGGCUGGGAACGCUGCCCGCGACAACAAGAAGACCAGGAUCAUCCCCCGUCACCUGCAGCUGGCCGUCCGCAACGACGAGGAGCUCAACAAGCUGCUGGGCGGAGUCACCAUCGCUCAGGGCGGCGUGCUGCCCAACAUCCAGGCGGUGCUGCUGCCCAAGAAGGCCGAGAAGCCUCCCAAGAAGUAAACACCCGGCUACAAACAAACAAACAAACAAACGGCUCUUUUCA